AUGGAUUUUCCUUCUCUUCCACCUGAUCAGCAGGAGCCAGCUGAUUGCUUGGCUCCGCCUUCCAUGGUGAACCAACCCGAAGGAGACUCUGCCAAUCGGCAACAUUUUCCUGAUACAAUUUACAACGAAAUGGCAGAGCUGCUCAUGGAGGAGGACAUGGCGGAAAUAUUCAUCGACCCAUUGGCUCUCCGAGUCGCCGAGGAAUCAUUGUACGAAGUUCUGGGUAAGCAGUAUCCUCCUUCACCCGAAAAGCCCACGCCUUUCUGCAGUGUUCGUACUAGCAACUCUGUUCUUCACUCCACUUCGGCAUCCACCUCAAAAAUGCCCAUCAGUGGGAGCUCAGCCGCUGCGCCUAUGGACCCGUAUAUAAGUUCAACACCUUCAUCUUCAAAUCCUUUUAUUAACCAGAAGGAGUCCGUAUUUAUGUUUCAAAGAGGGGUACAGGUAGCUAGUAAGUUCCUUCCAAACAUUGAUUUGGAAAAGUCUAAGUGCAAGUGGCUUCCAAAGUGCAAGGGCGGCGACGCCGGCGAGCCGGAGGCGAAGAAUGAUCACGAGUCAUUGAGAGAUGAUGAGUACAUAAUGUUGUUUAGGAGAGGGGUUGAGGAAGCUGGUAAAUUCCUUCCAGUUAUUGAUUUGGGCAACUAUAACUCUGCUCUGCCGCCAGGAUCCAAGGAGCUGGACGGUGGAACGGGCAAGAAUAAUCAUGACGGGGAGGAUACAGAUGCAGAAGAAGGAGGGAGGAGUAACAAGCAGCUGGCGGUUCGUGCGGAAGAGGAGGAGUUGUCGGAGAUGCUCGAAAAGGUUUUUCUCUUUCCUGAGGAAGAUAAGGAGCAGCAGGCGUGUGCUGCUGCUCAUGAAGUUCAGCAGAAUGGACAAAACAUGUUGUUGCUUCAGAAUAAGCAACCAUGUGGCUUUAAGGUUGGGGUACUUGCGAGGAAAAGGAGAAGUACACAAGUGGUGGAUUUGAAGGCUCUUCUUUUUCUUUGUGCCCAGGCCAUAAAUGAUACUGAUUCGAAGGCUGCACAUCAAAUGUUGAAGGAGAUUAGGCAGUACUCUUCUCCUUUUGGGGAUGGAACUCAAAGGAUUAGCCAUUAUUUUGCCGAUGCUAUUGAGGCAAGAUUGGCGGGAGUUGGGAAUCAAAUUUAUAGUACCUGGUAUUCUAAGACACUCUCGCCCGACGCUAUGUUGAAAUCCUAUGGGGCAUUUGCUUUGGCCUGCCCAUUCAGAAGGAUUAGUUUAUAUUUUGGGAACCAUAGCAUUUUGGGUGUGACUAAGGGAGCAACAAAGAUUCACAUCAUAGAUUUUGGUAUUCAAUUUGGAUUCCAAUGGCCCAUCAUUGUGCGCGAUCUCUUAGCCAGAGUUGGUGGGCCUCCCAAACUUCGCAUUACAGGACUUGAGAUCCGUCAACCUAGAUUUUGGAGGGCACAAAAAGUUGGGGAGAUGGGACAUCGUAUGGCAAAGUAUUUUAAGCGCUUUAAUGUUCCAUUUGAGUACAAUGCUAUAGAUAAGAAAUGA